AUGUCUUCACUAACCAGGCCCCCAAGAGGCUUCCCCAACUCGGUGCUUAGAGAGAUCUUUACUAUCCUGGCCGCCGCACACGAUAAGCAUGCCCGACAGGCCCAAGCAGUCCCAAUGCCUCAUGACUCUGCCCAGUGUGUGAAAACCCUGGCAGCUCUAGCUGUAGCGUCGCGGCGCUUCAGCGAGCUUGCCCUCCCGGUCCUCUACCGCACUAUCGUCUUCUCCCGCGACACGCAUCAUCGGUUGCUCUUUCAGGCUCUAAGGCAGAACCGGUCACUAGGCAGACUAGUGGAGAACCUGACCUUUUUUGAACUGAGAGACUAUCCUGCCAGAGAGAAAACAGCCUUCCCAUCGCUGAUUGAUCACAAUUGCGACAUCGUUGCAACCGGCCCCCUCGCGGAUGACAUGCAGCGCCUGUGGGGGCAGGUUCCUAGCCCAGACAGAAAGGAGCUCAAUGAAAAUGUCCCCGAGAUCCGGGACGCGGUACUGGAGCUUCUUACAGUUAUCAAGCACCUGCCGAAUUUGAAAUUCCUGCGGUAUGUGGGCCGGGCGAGCCAGACCAUGUUCGGUUCCGUCUUGACAAAGGUCAUUAACACGAUCCCAGCGUGGCUCGCGUUGCCAAUGUUCCGUGACCUUGAAGGGAUCGAGAUCCUGGGAUGCGCCGCCGAUACCUGGUUCAAACGGAUCUUCAAGAGUUUCCGGCCACCGAGGCUUCGUUCGCUCUCUGUGACAUACCUCGGCAGCCCUCCAGCAGAAUUGGGCAUGAUUAGGCUGCCAGCCUCAUUUUCGCCGCUGGCUACAAUCCGGGAUUUGCGCCUUUCUCUCCCAAGUCUCUCCCCAGCGUGCCUGCUGCCUCUGAUCGUCGGAAGCACCGACCUUGAAAUCCUACACCUAGACUUAUUCUCCCUAAUGGCGACGGGCGAUCGCAGCCACGAGCACCUGUGGUUCGCAAUCCGCUCCCGCUCUCAAACUCUUCGGGAACUCCGUAUGCGAUUCAAAGAUCGCUACUGGACGACCGCCCAGGCCCCAGAUGCUCGCCUGAUACCUCCGCCGUUGUCUAGAUUUUACAGUCUCCCCGCCCUCGAGCUCCCAGAUGCGCUUCUUCUUAGCAUGCAGUUUGGCCCCCAGAGCGACGGGUGGAUCAGUCUGCUGCCGCCCAAUAUCCAGUUUCUGACGGUUACUGCGUGGUUCAUGAAGAGUGAUGUUCCGAAGAGAUUGGAGGAGGUGUUUCAGGAUGCGUGGCGCCUUCCGAAGUUGACGAGGAUCGUGGUUCGCGAGAGGAUUGGGCAGUCGCCAUUGAUCAAGGUUAGACUUAGGGAGGUGGUGGAGCGUUAUUCGCAUCGGAAUAUUGCGUAUUCCCAUGAGUGGUUCUGA